AAAAAAAAAAAAAAAAAAAAAAAAAAAAAAAAUCGACAACUUCAUAUUAUGCUCGAGAGUUUUACUUCGCGCUACUACUACUUCCAUGUCAGUCUGUUUCGCCUCGUGAUGUUGCUAAACGUCACCAUCAUCCAGCGCUGGUGCUGGUUAUUGCCGUAUCAUGCUGUCGCCCUACCAACUACGGGAGCCGUUAUCAUGCGGGCUUGAUGUACUUUUCUAGUUCCUCAUUUGUUGCUUUCUCCGAGAGCGUCAAAACCCGCACCACAGGUUUGCUUCCUUGAUGAAAUCUGCUCGAUGCUUGUCGUGCUCAGUAAGUACCGGGUAAGAAGGUCUUUUGAACAUUCUGCGAGACCAAUUUUCAAUACGGAAAAGCGGGAAUACUAACACGAG